AUGAGCCACCACCUCCUACUGCCCCGCACACCGCCUCCGCCGCCACUCUCCUCCGCCGCCACUCCUUUCUUCUCGCCGCGGGUCCACAUCCCUGACCACGUGUACAGACACCCUGCCGCGGUACUCCUCGAGCUAUGCACUUCCAUCAAGGAGCUCCGUCAAUUCCUCCCUCUUAUCAUAAAAAACGGUCUGUGCGGCGAGCACCUCUUCCAGACCAAGCUCGUCAGCUUGUUCUGCAGGUUCGGGAGCCUAAACGACGCCGUCAAGGUGUUCGAACCGAUCGAGUCCAAAAUCGACCCGCUCUACCACACCCUCCUUAAAGGCUACGCCCAGCAGCCCAAUCUAGAGGCCGCUUUCAAGUUCUUCUGCCGGAUGAGGCACGACGGCGUUGCUCAAACGGUGUAUAAUUACUCGUAUUUGUUAAAAGCCUGCGCGGACAAUUUCAAUGUUUGGAGGGGGAAAGAGAUCCACGCGCAGCUGGUGUUGAAUGGGUUCUCCGACAAUUUGUACGCCAUGAACAGUGUGAUGAAUUUGUAUGCCAAAUGCAAUUUGAUUCACGAAGCCUUCAAGGUGUUCGAUAAAAUGCCCGAAAGAGAUUUGGUUUGCUGGAACACCGUUAUUGCGGGUUUCCAACAGAAUGGGAUGCCGAAGAGGGCGCUUGAUUUGGUCCCCCAUAUGCAAAAAGACGGUCAUGCCCCUGAUCUGGUCACCAUGGUCUCCAUCUUGCCAGCCUCCGCCAGUAUCGGAGAUUUGAGGAUGGGGAAAACAGUCCACGCGUACGUCCUGAGACGUAAACUGGAGUCGUACGUGAAUGUUUCCACGGCUUUAUUAGACAUGUAUGCAAAAUGCGGGUUGGUUGGGACCGCUAGACGGGUUUUUGAUAAGAUAGGCUCCAAAACCGUAGUAUCAUGGAAUUCAAUGAUCGAUGGAUAUGCACAAAGUGGGGAUUCCAAAGAAGCAUUAGAUUUGUUCCAAAAGAUGCUCGAUUCGGGUUUGAAGCCGACCAAUGUUACCGUGAUGGGCGCCCUCCACGCAUGCGCCGAUUUGUGCGACAUUAACCGCGGUCACUUCAUUCACCAGCUUAUCAUUAAUCAGUCGGGACUCGAUUCGGAUGUUUCCGUAAUAAAUUCUCUCAUCUCAAUGUACUGCAAGUGCAAAAGGGUGGAUAUAGCCGCCCAAUUAUUCCGCAAGCUGAAAACAAAAACGCUCGUCUCGUGGAACGCGAUGAUUCUGGGCUACGCCCAAAAUGGCCGAGCGAUCGAGGCUAUGAAGCUCUUCCGCAAAAUGCAAAAGCGCGGCGGAACGAGACGCGACUCGUUCACGCUAGUUGGCGUUGUAACCGCAGUGGCCGAGCUCUCGGUGUUGAAGCACGCAAAAUGGGUCCACGGGCUCUCAUUAAGGACGUGUUUGGAUACGAGCAUGUUUGUGAUGACUGCCCUUGUCGACAUGUACGCAAAGUGCGGGUCCGUACGCAUGGCGAAAGAGCUUUUCGACUCGAUGGAUGAGCGACAUGUCACCACGUGGAAUGCCAUGAUCGACGGCUAUGGCACGCACGGCUUUGGGCGGGAAGCUCUGGAACUAUUCGAAAAAAUGCGAAAUACUGAAACUAUACCGAACGAUAUCACUUUUCUGUGCGUGAUCUCUGCAUGCAGUCACUCGGGCCUCGUAGACGAGGGCCGCCGUUAUUUCGAUCUCAUGAUGGAAGAGUACGGGCUUGAGCCAUCGAUGGACCAUUAUGGAGCUGUGGUUGACCUUUUGGGGCGGGCAGGCCGGGUAAACGAAGCCUGGGACUUUAUUCAGAAAAUGCCGGUCGAGCCCGGAAUCAACGUGUACGGCGCGAUGCUUGGAGCUUGCAGGAUCCACAAAAAUGUGGAUUUGGGUGAAAAAGCAGCUGACAAAGUGUUUGAAUUGGAGCCCGAUGAAGGGGGGUAUCACGUCUUGCUUGCAAACAUAUACGCAGUCGCGUCCAUGUGGGAGAAAGUGGCUAAAGUGAGAAAGUUGAUGGAGAAGAAGGGGAUUCAGAAGACUCCGGGUUAUAGCUCGGUGGAUUUGUGGAAUGAGGUGCACACGUUUUAUUCGGGGAGCACGAGCCACCCGCAGUCUGAUAGGAUUUACGCAUAUCUCGAUAAAUUGAUUGAGAGGAUCAAGAAGGCUGGGUAUGUUCCGGAUAAGAGCUUGAUGCAUGAUGUGGAAGACGAUGUUCAGGAGCAAUUGCUGAGCACUCAUAGUGAGAAGCUUGCUAUCUCGUUUGGGCUCAUAAGUACGGACCCAGGGACCACUAUUCAUAUAAGGAAGAAUCUUCGGGUUUGUGGGGACUGCCAUAACGCGACUAAAUAUAUCUCGCUCGUGACUGGGAGAGAGAUUAUCGUGCGGGAUAUGCACAGGUUUCAUCAUUUUAAGGACGGCGUGUGUUCGUGUGGGGAUUAUUGGUGA